ACAAAUGGCCAUAUGCAACGCAUUCCGGCAGGUGGCCUGGCGCACCCGACCCAAGCAAAGCAAAGGCGGAAGCGGAAACCGAACCAAUCGGCGGUCCCGUCCCUCCACACAGCGGAAGAGACCGCGACGCAAGCCGACCCCCCUCCUCCUCCUCUUCCACCCCGUCGCUUCCGUGCCAUCCGCGGCUCGUCUCCCCCACCUCCCAUUCCCGCCGCCCCAUGCCUCCUGCCCCGUAGCCUCCCGACGACGAGCACCAUGGCCGCCGAUCCCGACAAAGGGGAGGGCGACUUGGAGAUCGGGCUGGCGUCGCCGGGGGCGGAGGGCGCGCCGUCGCCGGUGUCGAGCGCUGGCGCCUCCGGGGAGCGGCUCGACCAGUCGCCGCCGCGGGUGGCGAAGCGCCCCGGCCUCGUGAUGUCCUUCUCUGGGAAGCGGCUGGACCAGUCGCCGGCCGCGUCGCCGUCGCGGCCGGUGCUGGUCAUGUCUCACUCCAGCAACCGCCUCGACCAGUCGCCCGCGCGGCCGGUGCUGGUAAUGUCCCGCUCCAGCAACCGGCUGGACCAGUCUUCACCGGCGUCGUCGCCGGUGCCCGUGAAGGCCCCGGUGCUGGUGAUGUCCAGCUCCGGAAAGCGGCUGGACAACUCGCUGUCCCAGUCGGCCUCGCCGACGGCCGCGGCCGCGGCGGCGCCGGUGCUGGUGCUCUCGAACUCCGGCAAGCGGAUGGACCAGGCAGGGCGGAAGAAGUACGUGAAGCAGGUUACCGGCCGGUACAACGAUACGGAGCUCCAUCUCGCCGCGCAGCGCGGGGACCUCGAGGCCGUGCGCCAGAUCAUCGCCGAGAUCGAUGCGCAGAUGACCGGCACAGGGGAGGAGUUGGACAGCGAUAUCGCCGAGAUCCGAGCCGCCAUAGUGAACGAGGCCAAUGAGGUGGAGGAGACCGCGCUGCUCAUCGCCGCCGAGAAGGGGUUUCUUGACAUCGUCGUCGAGCUGCUCAAACACUCCGACAAGGAGAGCCUCACCAGGAAGAACAAGUCCGGAUUCGACGCUCUGCACGUCGCUGCAAAAGAGGGCCAUCGAGACAUUGUGAAGGUACUUCUCGACCACGAUCCAUCUCUCGGGAAAACGUUUGGCCAAUCAAAUGUGACCCCUCUCAUAACUGCGGCGAUUAGAGGCCACACAGAGGUGGUGAACCUGCUGCUAGAGCGAGUUUCUGGGUUGGUUGAGCUAUCAAAAGCGAAUGGAAAGAAUGCCUUGCACUUUGCUGCCCGGCAGGGGCACGUCGAAAUUGUGAAGGCUUUGCUAGAUGCUGAUACUCAGCUUGCUCGGAGGACUGAUAAAAAAGGCCAGACUGCUCUACACAUGGCAGUGAAAGGAACGAGUGCUGCGGUUGUGCGAGCGCUUGUGAAUGCUGAUCCGGCCAUAGUCAUGCUACCAGACAGAAAUGGCAACUUAGCUUUGCAUGUUGCUACCAGAAAGAAAAGAUCAGAGAUUGUAAAUGAGCUUCUUCUUCUUCCAGAUAUGAACGUGAAUGCAUUGACUAGGGAUCGGAAGACUGCAUUUGACAUAGCAGAGGGCCUUCCACUAUCAGAGGAGUCUCAAGAAAUAAAGGAGUGUUUAUCCCGUGCUGGUGCAGUCAGAGCAAAUGAUCUGAAUCAGCCUCGAGACGAGCUCAGAAAAACAGUGACUGAGAUAAAAAAGGAUGUACAUACUCAGCUUGAGCAGGCCAGGAAAACCAACAAAAAUGUCUAUGGUAUAGCUAAGGAGCUGAGGAAACUCCACAGGGAAGGCAUCAACAAUGCAACCAACUCGGUCACUGUCGUGGCCGUGCUCUUUGCCACAGUGGCAUUUGCUGCAAUCUUUACCGUGCCAGGUGGUAACGACAAUAACGGUAUAGCAGUAGCUGUGCAUGCGCUAUCCUUCAAGAUCUUCUUCAUCUUCAAUGCCAUUGCUCUGUUCACAUCAUUAGCAGUAGUGGUGGUUCAGAUAACACUGGUUAGGGGUGAGACUAAAGCAGAGAGGCGAGUCGUCGAGGUCAUCAACAAGUUGAUGUGGCUGGCUUCAGUAUGCACUACGGUUGCGUUCAUAUCCUCCUCGUACAUUGUGGUGGGGCGACACUUCCAGUGGGCGGCGCUUCUGGUGACCUUGAUCGGCGGGGUGAUCAUGGCUGGUGUGCUUGGCACGAUGACAUACUACGUGGUGAAGUCCAAGCGCACGCGUAAAAUCAGGAAGAAGGUGAAAUCAACGAGGAGGAGCGGCUCAAACUCAUGGCAGCACAACUCCGAGUUUUCAGACUCGGAGAUUGAUCGGAUCUACGCGAUAUGAAUCAGGUUCCAGCUGAUCCCUCCAAAUCUUUUGGCAGUGAUACAACACGAAUGUAAUUAUAAACAUUGAUCAUGACCCUUGAGAUACUAGGGGUUCACCUACAUGUAUACAUUCCAAUAAGCUGGUGUAAAUUGCCAUUCCCCUUGUUCCUGAAUCGGUAGGUGGCGAUGUAUACUACUGCAGAUAGAUUGGUCACAUAUAUAUGCAGCUUGUGAUGUGCUCCUUA